AUAAAUACCAGCGAAACCAGUAAAACUAUACAAUUAAUAGUUACAAAACGACUAAAAGAGUUUUAUUAUAAUGAAGUGUUUUCUAUUGUUAAGUGUCGUCUUCGCUUUUACAGCUCUGGUGCAGUGCGGUAUCGGUUGGAUUCAGCCAAAUAAUGAAAUUGAUCAUUCCGGAUAUUGUUACUCCGCGUACACUGGACCAAUCGAGGCGGCAGGGGAAAUCAAGAAUAUAGAAGGGAAAUGCGUACAAGCGAUCUGUAACGACGAUAGAAGCAUUCGCCUUGAGUCAUGUGGCGCCGUCAGUGGUCCUUGUGGCAAAACGGAUGUGGACUACUCCAAACCUUACCCACAAUGUUGCCCCAAACCAAAGGGCUGUUAGUAAAUGUGGCUCAUUGAAUAAAAACUACACCAAUUUA